GCGGGGCCAUUCCCUCAGAUAUAAGGCUUGGAAGCCAGCAGCUGCGACUCCCGAGACCCCCCAAGAAGGCCAUGGUCUUCCCACGGAUGUCCGGGCUACUGUCCCAGACCGUGAUCCUAGCGCUCUUUUUUGUCCCCCAGGCACGGCCCGCUGGCGUCUUGGAGCUGCAGAUCCAUUCUUUCGGGCCGGGUCCAGGCCCGGGGGCCCCGCGGUCCCCCUGCAGCGCCCGGGGUCCCUGCCGCCUCUUCUUCAGAGUCUGCCUGAAGCCUGGGCUCUCGGAGGAGGCCACCGAGUCCCCGUGCGCCCCGGGCACGGCGCUGAGUGCGCGCGGACCCGCCUACACCGAGCAGGCCGGAGCACCCGCGCCUGAUCUGCCACUGCCCGACGGCCUCUUGCGGGUGCCCUUCCGGGACGCCUGGCCGGGCACCUUCUCUCUCAUCAUUGAAACCUGGAGACAGGAGUUAGGAGAUCAGAUUGGAGGGCCCGCCUGGAGCCUGCUUGCGCGCAUGGCCGGCCGGCGGCGCCUGGCAGCUGGGGGCCCGUGGGCCCGGGACGUUCAGCGCGCAGGCGCCUGGGAGCUGCGCUUCUCGUACCGCGCGCGCUGCGAACCGCCAGCCGUCGGGGCCGCGUGCACGCGCCUCUGCCGCCCACGCAGCGCCCCCUCGCGGUGCGGCCCGGGACUGCGCCCUUGCGCGCAGCUGGAGGAGGAGUGUGAGGCGACAGCAGAGUGCCAAGCAGGCUGCAGCCCAGAGCACGGCUUCUGUGAGCAGCCUGGUGAAUGCCGAUGCCUGGAGGGCUGGACUGGACCCCUCUGCACGGUCCCUGUGUCCACCAGCAGCUGCCUCAGCCCCAGGGGCCCAUCCUCUGCCACCACCAGAUGCCUUGUCCCUGGGCCUGGGCCCUGUGAUGGGAACCCGUGUGCCAACGGGGGCAGCUGUAGUGAGACCCCCGGGUCCUUUGAAUGCACCUGCCCGCGUGGAUUCUACGGGCGGCUGUGUCAGGUGAGCGGGGUGACAUGCGCGGAUGGACCCUGCUUCAACGGCGGCUUGUGUGUCGGGGGCGCAGACCCUGACUCUGCUUACGUCUGCCACUGCCCACCUGGUUUCCAAGGCUCCAACUGUGAGAAGAGGGUGGACCGGUGCAGCCUGCAGCCAUGCCGCAAUGGCGGACUCUGCCUGGACCUGGGCCACGCCCUGCGCUGCCGCUGCCGCGCGGGCUUCGCGGGUCCGCGCUGCGAGCACGACCUCGACGACUGCGCGGGCCGCGCCUGCGCUAACGGCGGCACGUGCGUGGAAGGCGGCGGCGCGCACCGCUGCUCCUGCGCGCUGGGCUUCGGCGGCCGCGAUUGCCGCGAGCGCGCAGACCCGUGCGCGGCGCGCCCCUGCGCUCACGGCGGCCGCUGCUACGCUCACUUCUCCGGCCUCGUCUGCGCCUGCGCGCCUGGCUACAUGGGCGCGCGGUGCGAGUUCCCCGUGCACCCCGACGGCGCAGACGCGUUGCCCGCGGCCCCGCGGGGCCUGAGUCCCGGGGACCCGCAGCGCUUCCUUUUGCCUCCGGCUCUGGGACUGCUUGUGGCCGCGGGCGUGGCCGGCGCCGCGCUCUUGCUGGUCCACGUGCGCCGCCGUGGCCAAGCCCAGGAUGCCGGGUCUCGCUUGCUGGCGGGGACCCCGGAGCCGUCAGUCCACGCACUCCCGGAUGCACUCAACAACCUAAGGACGCAGGAGGGUCCCGGGGAUGGCCCGAGCUCAUCCAUAGAUUGGAAUCGUCCUGAAGAUGGAGACUCUCGAGGGAUUUAUGUCAUAUCUGCUCCUUCCAUCUACGCUCGGGAGGUAUCGAUGCCCCUUGUUCCCCCGCUACACACACUGGGCGCGCUGGGCAGAGGCAGCGCCUGCUUUUCCCCUACCCUGCCUCGAUUCUGUCUGUGAAAUGAAUUGGGUAGAGUCUCUGGAAGGUUUUAAGCCCGCUUUUCAGUUCUAACUUAGUUUCAUUUUAUUUUGCGUCUCUCUUGUUUUGAGCUGCCUGGCAUCUUCUCUCUGGAAAGCUAUGGGCUUGAAGAAGUCACGAUGGGGACUCUGCCAGAGCGUCUCCACUGAUUCUACUCUGCUGGGAGGCAGGGGAGGCAGAGGGGCAGCCUCUCUAAUGCUUCCUGCUCAUUUUGU